AUGACGGUCUGGGACUGGGAUGUCGAGAAAGACGCGGCUUCACCCCUUCUCGCCCCGCAUGCAGAUUAUCUCGCUACGUCCAGCGAGUCGAUUGCUCGGCCUUCAGAAUCGAGAAUGACUGGAGCGCAGCGAGCUCUGUGGGCAGUUCUAUGGGUUAUUCUCUUCAUGCUGUUCGCUCCUGCUUUCGCGGCGGAUAUCCUAAACUGUUAUCGUGCUGUUCGUGACAUGGUGGGAAGUAUUCCCGUGAAAGCGGAAAAUAUUGAUGUUCUAGAUCGGUGCAUCCAUAACGCAUCUUGGUUUAUGGAUCGCAAGCCUGGUACUCAUUCUCGUCAUUUCUCCAAUGUUGCACGGACAUCUUUCGAACUUCCCGUAUCCUCUGAGUUGCUCUACUUCACCGCCCAAGGGAGCGCCGCCCUUGCCCGUGGUUCCAUAGAGUUUGACCAGUCCGGAGAAGUGGGUUCCGACGUCGUCAGAGUGGACGUCGCCGCAUACUUCAACCAUCAGCAUGAGUUCCUCGAUACAACAAUGUGUCUCCUACAGCAUGGAGAGGACGAAAAUGGCGUAGGAAUAUUUGCCCCCGCUAUGUCUCAUUAUGUUGGUGCACAGCAACAAGUCAUGUACGACAUCAAGGUCAGACUGCCCUUACCCACUACUGGCUCCCGUCUGCCAAUGAGGCAUUUUUUGAGCAAUCUCCCCGUCUUUGACCACCGUGUCGGCCAUUUGGACACCAUACACUUCAACUCUUUCACAGUGAAAACCUCUAACGCAGACGUCAGUGUCAUGGGAAUUUCUGCCAACCGCAUUAGCAUCACUACGUGGAAUAGACCCAUUGAAGGCACAUUCCGAGCGUCCUCGUCCCUUUCUCUUCAUACUCUGAAUGCCCAUAUUGAUGCGGACGUGACCUUAUUGCACGACAACGAUCCUGUACCCAUCACCCUCGACAUGAUGACCAGUAACGGGGCAAUUAAGGCUAAUGUCAAUCUCGUCUCUACUUCCGUGAACGGGACCGGUGGAACGUUCCGAACAGUAGCAGCAACGUCGAACGGCCCUUUGCACCUCGCAUAUCCGACGGCACCGGUUGACUCCAGGCUCCUUAUCGAUGGGCGCACGUCGAACGGUCCUGUCAGUGCGACACUGCAUAAGACGUACGAGGGCUCUCUCUCUCUCUCAAACUCCGCAUCUCCCAUACCUGCUGUGGAGUUCGACUCCACGGUCGAAGACCCGGCUCGCGAAGGCCGUACCAGGAAUCUGCAAUUGCAUCGCAUCAACUCGGGCUCCGUCAUCGUCGAAGGACAAGUCGUUUGGGAGCCGGCCUCGCACCAGAACCGGUUGGGAUCGACCAGGUUGACGACGACAAAUGCACCGUUAGAUGUGAAGCUGUGA